CAAUCGUAAAGCCUCUCCCUCUCCCAAGCGAGCUCAUGGCAUGGCGCCGCUUCGCCACCGCCAACCUCUCCUCCCUUCUCUCCCCAAAACCUAACCCCAACCGCAACCUCCCCUCCGGCGCCGCCUCCGCCGCCCCCUCCGCUCCCUCCGCCGCUGACGUCCUCCCCUUCCUCAACUGCCGGCAGCGGAAGAAGCUCCGGAAGAAGCUGCAGAGCCCCCGCGUGCGGCCCAUCCAGCACGACGCCGGCCGCCUCGUCCCCCACUUCGAGACCAUCCUCCACGGCGAAGCCCACCUCCGCUUCAUCACCCGCACCAAGUCCUUCCUCGCCGGCCUCCCCGGCCGGGGCCUCCCCCUCGCCGACGCCGGCAAGCUCCACCGCGAGCUUGGCUUCCCUCGCGGCCGCAAGGUCUCCCGCUUCGCCGCCCGUCACCCCCUCCUCCUCCACCUCCCCCGCCUCCCCCCCGACUCCAAGCCCUACCUCGCCUUCACCCCCCUCAUGGAUUCCCUCCUCGAAGAGGAGCGCGCCCUCAUGGACGCCAUGGAGCCCCAACGCGUCACAACUGUCCGCAAGCUUCUCAUGAUCUCCGCCCGCCGCCGGAUCCCCCUCGCCAAGCUCCAUCACUGCCGCCUCCUAUUUGGCCUCCCCGACGACUUCCGCGAUCGGGUCCGCAAGUACCCGGACUUCUUCCGCAUCGCCGUGGACCCCGACGGCCGCCAUGUGCUCGAGCUCGUGGAGUGGGAUCCGGCGCUUGCCGUCAGUACCCUGGAGCGCGACUUUGUCCCCGAUGAGGCCCGGGUUCUGAGGACCUUCAAAUUUACCAUUCCCCAUGGAAAGUCCUUACCUCUGGAGGAGGAUGACGAGAGAACGUUGAACUCUCUGACUACUCUCCCCUUGGUGUCGCCAUAUUCUGAUGGGUCGGAGCUGAAGCCAUGGUCGCUGGAGGCAGAGAAAUACCGGGUAGGCGUGAUUCAUGAAUUCCUGAGCUUGACAUUGGAGAAGAGGGCUUGGAUUCACCAUCUUGUGGAGUUCAAGGAAGAGUUUAGCCUCACAAAGCAUACGUACCAGAUGCUUUUGAAGCAGCCCCGGGCAUUUUAUCUUGCAGGCACUGCAAUGAACUGGGCUGUAUUCUUGAAGGAUGCUUAUAAGGAUGAUGGGAGUUUGAUCGAGAAGGACCCGCAGGUGGUGUUCAAUGAGAAAUUGCAUAGAUAUGCAUGCAUGACAGAAUCCGAAGGAGGCGAGGCAAUUGUUGAAAAAAGGAUUAAUGGCUGAUAGUGGCUAUUUUAUAUAUUAAUGUAGAUUGAUUUGAGAAGGGAACAUCAUUGGCAAUGAAGGCAGCAGGGCAGGCUGGGUCUAUUUGAUUGCUGCUGGAACUGGCAUCUUGCAUGAGAUUGGGGCUUUGAGGCAACUUCCUCCAUUUUAGGGGUAUUUGAGUAAUUCAGUUACAGGCUAUUGACUGGCAACAAGAAAGCGACCAGCAACUACAAACAAUUUGUACAACUACCCUAAUUAAAGCAAAGUAUGGCACAAGUGUUGGUGCUUGCCCUUCAAGCUGUGUAUUGAUUUUUCUGCUCGUCACCUUUUCUGGUCCUGCACUUGUUCAUAGCUCUCAAACCCUUGUUUGCCUGUCUCGCCAGCCUCCUCUGAUAAAUCGGACCUGCUAUCCUCAAAGUUUGGCCCCCUGCAAUGCUGCUAGUUGCCACCUUCCUUGGCCUCAUUUUUUUUUUAUGGCGCUAUUUGUUCAGGUAAACAAGCUGUGGGAGUUCGAGACAGCUUUCUACAACCAAUUGACCCCAACUUUGCUCUGCUUUGGAUUGCCUGACAGGUUGAGGUCCAAUGGAGGGUUGUGGCCAAUGAGCUGUAAGAGGGCCUUGCCUGUGGUUAAAUUAUUAAAGCUUAGGUCAAGAACUGAAAUCUUUUGAAGCUUAUGAAGCCCCUGUAGACUGCUGAUUUUAUUUCCAACAAGAUAUAGCUGUCAGAUGAGAAAGCGGUUUGACAGUCCUGAAGAAGUCAUUGGACAAUUAUUUUCAGUUCAGUUACUGAUGAUUGGUUUUUAAAUCUGUGUCCAAGAAAGCACUUGGCUUAAAGAUAUAUGCAUCAAAAGAAAUUAAGAAGGCAGCAAAAUUUACUGUA